AUGAACAGCAUCAAGAGCGUGCCCGCGCGGGUGCUGAGCCGCAGGCCGGGCCACAGCCUGGAGGCCGAGCGCGAGCAGUUCGACAAGACGCAGGCCAUCAGCAUCAGCAAAGCCAUCAACAACCAGGAGGCGCCCGUGAAGGAGAAGCACGCGCGCCGCAUCAUUCUCGGCACCCACCACGAGAAGGGGGCCUUCACCUUCUGGUCCUACGCCAUCGGCCUGCCGCUGCCCAGCAGCCCCGUCCUCAGCUGGAAGUUCUGCCACGUGCUGCACAAGGUCCUCCGCGACGGGCACCCCAAUGUGCUGCACGACUGCCAGCGGUACCGGAGCAACAUCCGGGAGAUCGGAGACCUGUGGGGGCACCUGCACGACCGGUACGGGCAGCUGGUCAGCCUCUACACCAAGCUGCUGCUGGCCAAGAUCUCCUUCCACCUCAAGCACCCCCAGUUUCCUGCGGGUCUGGAGGUGACAGACGAGGUGUUGGAGAAGGCGGCAGGCAGCGACGUCAACAACAUCUUCCAGCUGACCGUGGAGAUGUUUGAUUACAUGGACUGUGAGCUGAAGCUUUCCGAGUCAGUUUUCCGGCAGCUGAACACGGCCAUCGCGGUGUCGCAGAUGUCCUCGGGCCAGUGCCGCCUGGCCCCGCUCAUCCAGGUCAUCCAGGACUGCAGCCACCUCUACCACUACACGGUCAAACUCCUGUUCCAGCUGCACUCCUGCCUCCCCGCGGACACGCUGCAGGGCCACCGGGACCGGUUCCACGAGCAGUUCCACAGCCUCAGGAACUUCUUCCGCAGAGCCUCGGACAUGCUCUACUUCAAGCGGCUCAUCCAGAUCCCGCGGCUGCCCGAGGGACCCCCCAACUUCCUGCGGGCCUCGGCCCUGGCCGAGCACAUCAAGCCCGUGGUCGUGAUCCCCGAGGAGGCCCCGGAGGACGAGGAGCCGGAGAACCUGAUCGAGAUCAGCACGGGGCCCCCCGCCGCAGAGCCGGUGGUGGUGGCCGACCUCUUCGGCCCGACGUUCGGACCCCCCAAUGGCUCCCUGAAGGACGACAGGGACCUGCAGAUCGAGAGCUUGAAGAGAGAGGUGGAGGCGCUGCGCUCGGAGCUGGAGAAGAUGAAGCUGGAGGCCCAGCGGUACGUGGCGCAGCUCAAGGGCCAGGUGAACGCGCUCGAGGCCGAGCUGGAGGAGCAGCGCAAGCAGAAGCAGAAGGCCCUGGUGGACAACGAGCAGCUCCGCCACGAGCUGGCCCAGCUGCGGGCCGCGCAGCAGGAGGCCGAGCGCAGCCAGGGCCUGCGGGAGGAGGCCGAGAGGAAGGCCAGUGCCACGGAGCUGCGCUACCAGAAGCUGAAGGAGAAACACAGCGCGCUCAUCAACACGCACGCCGAGCUGCUGCGGAAGAACGCGGACACAGCCAAGCAGCUGACGGUGACGCAGCAGAGCCAGGAGGAGGUGGCGCGGGUGAAGGAGCAGCUGGCCUUCCAGGUGGAGCAGGUUAGGCGGGAGUCGGAGAUGAAGCUGGAGGAGCAGAGCGACCAGGUGGAGCAGCUCCAGCGGGAGCUGCAGGCCAAGACCAGGGAGCUGCGGCACGUGCAGGAGGCCCUGAGCCGCACGGAGCAGAGCGGGUCCGAGCUGAGCUCGCGGCUGGACGCCCUGAGCGCAGAGAAGGACGCCUUGAGCGGGGCCGUGCGGCAGCGGGAAGCCGACCUCCUGGCAGCGCAGAGCCUGGCGCGGGACCAGGAGGCGGCGCUGAGCCAGGAGCGGCAGCGCAGCUCCCAGGAGAAGCAGGAGCUGCAGGGGCGGCUGGCGGAGAAGGAGUCACAGGAGCAGGGGCUGCAGCAGCAGCUGCUGGACCAGCAGUUUGCGGUGCUGCGUGGUGCCGCCGCCGAGGCCGAGUGCGUCCUGCAGGACGCGGUGAGCAAGCUGGACGACCCCCUGCACCUGCGCUGCACCAGCUCCCCGGACUACCUGGUGAGCAGGGCCCAGGCGGCCCUGGACACUGUGAGCGCCCUGGAGCAGGGCCACGCCCAGUACCUGACGUCCCCGGCGGACGCCUCCUCCCUGGUGGCCGCCCUGGCCCGCUUCUCCCACCUGGCUGCAGACACCAUCAUCAACGGCGGUGCCACCUCCCACCUGGCCCCCACCGACCCUGCUGACCGCCUGAUUGACAGCUGUCGCGAGUGUGGGGCCCUGGCGCUGGAGCUCACGCAGAAGCUACAGGACCGGCAGGGAGUGGCCGGGGCGCAGCCCGGCCUGGUGCGGGACCCCCUGCAGGGCAUCCUUCAGCUGGGCCAGGAGCUGCAGCCCAAGAGCCUGGACGUGCGGCAGGAGGAGCUCGGUGCCAUGGUGGACAAGGAGAUGGCGGCCACGUCCGCGGCCAUCGACGAUGCUGUCCGGAGGAUGGAGGACAUGAUGAACCAGGCUCGCCACGCAAGCUCGGGGGUGAAGCUGGAGGUGAACGAGAGGAUCCUCAGCUCCUGCACAGAACUGAUGAAGGCCAUCCGGCUCCUGGUGAUCACCUCCACCAGCCUGCAGAAGGAAAUCGUCGAGAGCGGCAGGGGGGCAGCCACGCAGCAGGAAUUUUACGCCAAGAACUCCCGGUGGACUGAGGGCCUCAUCUCCGCCUCCAAGGCUGUGGGCUGGGGAGCCACGCAGCUGGUGGAGUCAGCUGACAAGGUGGUGCUGCACACGGGCAAGUAUGAGGAGCUCAUCGUCUGCUCGCACGAGAUCGCGGCCAGCACGGCCCAGCUGGUGGCAGCCUCCAAGGUGAAAGCCGACAAGCACAGCCCCCACCUGAGCCGUCUGCAGGAGUGCUCCCGGGCCGUCAACGAGAGGGCCGCCAACGUGGUGGCCUCCAGCAAGUCGGGGCGGGAGCAGAUCGAGGACAGAGACACCAUGGACUUCUCUGGCCUGUCCCUCAUCAAGCUGAAGAAGCAGGAGAUGGAGUCGCAGGUGCGAGUCCUGGAGCUGGAGAAGACGCUGGAGGCCGAGCGUGUGCGGCUCGGGGAGCUGCGGAGGCAGCACUACGCCGCGCUGGCCGGAGUCGUGGCAGCCGCGGACCAGGAAGAGCCCAGCCGGCCCCCCGCUGCCCCCCGCAGUGCGACCAAGAAGCCGCCCCUGGCCCAGAAGCCCAGUGUGGCCCCCAGACCGGACCAACAGCUGGACAGAAAGGAGGGUGUGUACCCGGCUCAGCUCGUGAACUACUAG